GAAGGCAGAGUGAUGGGAUCAUCGUAAGUGAUGGGGUUAAUUGAGAAAGGCUUUCUGGGGGGAGUGUGAGACCCUUGAAUUCUGUUAGAUGAUUAUAAGCCAUUGUAGCGCUAAGGGAUGAGGGAGUCAUAUUGGCGCGGCCAGAAUGACAUUUGGAAAAUGUGCCUGCAGCGGUGACAGGUCAGGGGAGAGAGCAGCUGAGCUCUGGCAGGCCGUGGGCAUGUGGGUAGGUGGGUGGUAGGAGUGAGGCAUGGAAUUUCCACCAUAGUGUGGGGUUUCCAUGGAGACAAACACAGAGGCAGUGCUGGACUGGAGCUAUGUAAUGUAGAGUUGAAGUCCUUGGAGCCUGCUGUCACUCCCUCCUGGAGCCCUCCUACUCCUGGAGGUUCACCAAGGCUUGCUUUAGUUGGGCAUUUCUAAGGAAAAACAGGAUAUGAAUGAAGAAGUGGUAAUGUGAUCUUUGGGAUAUUUGCAUCCCAGCAAAAGCAGCUGGUUCCAGGCCCACUAAUGGCUCAUUUGUCAGGCUGAGGAAAAUUUAAAAAGGAGACUCCCUUCUGGCCGGACAUUGUUGCCUACUUUUACAUUUUGGUGUAUCUUCUGCUCCCACCAUCAGCACCACAACUGCGGAGAGUUCAGUGUGAGAAGAUGCUUCCAACCUUCUUUUUCUCUGCUAUUAUUGUCUCACUAAUUUUGAAUUUUGUGGGAUUCAUCGUGAGUCUGUUCAUCGCGGUGGUCAGUUACAAGACUUGGGUCACAAGGCACAGCCUCUCCUCUUCCGAUAGGAUCCUCUUCAGCUUGGCCAUCUCCCGACUUCUUAUGCUGGGAUUGUUUCUACUGAACGUGACCUUCAUUUUCUUUGGCCUGAAUGUUGAGAGGUCAGUCUAUUUGUCCACUUUUUUCCUGUUGUCUUGGAUGUUUUUGGACUCUAGUAGUCUCUGGUUUGUGACCUUGCUCAAUACCUUGUACUGUGUAAAGAUCGCUAACUUCCAACACUCAGUGUUUCUCCUGCUGAAGCGCCAUCUGUCCCCCCAAAUCCCCAAGCUGCUCCUGGCCUGUGUGCUGGCCCCUGCCUUCACCACAAUCCUGUUCUUUGUGGUCAGCCAGACAUCACCCUUUCCUGAGCUUGGGACCAGGAGGAAUGGCACAGUAUUUGACAUCAGUGAGGACAUCUUGUCUUUGACGACCUGGUUGCUCCUGGGCUCACUUCCCCAGUUCAUUGUUAAUGUGACUUCUGCUUCCUUGUUAAUAAAUUCCUUGCAGAGACACAUCCGGAAGAUGCAGAGGAAUGCCACUGGCUUUUGGAACCCCCAGACAGAAGCUCAUGUGGGGGCCAUGAAGCUCAUGAUCUACUUCCUCAUCCUCUACAUCCCGUAUUCAGUUGCCGCCCUGGUCCAUUACCUCCCUUCUUCUAUAGGGAUGGGUUUGGCAACCAGAGCCGCUUGUGUGAUUAUUUCUACCCUCUACACCACGGGACAUUCUGUCCUCCUUAUUCUCACACAUCCCAAACUGAAAACAAAAGCAAAGAAGAUUCUUUGUUUCAACAAAUAG